AGGGGCGUAGCGCGGCGCUGGACUGUGGGCUGUGGAGCUGCUGUGCUGCAGAGCGGUGGGCGCUUCCCGAGGGUCUCGGAAGGUCGGCCUGGAGCCCUGAGGGCUUGAAAAGGCCGUUCUUUGCCUUGGCCACGCUCUUCCUUCUCCUGCCCAGACCCAGACGAGCCCCUGCACCAUGUCGGCCUACCCCAAAAGCUACAACCCAUUCGACGACGAUGCGGAGGAUGAGGGUGUCCGGCCAACGCCGUGGAAGGACGACCGCGACCUCCCCGAUGGACCCGGCGCGCCCAUGGACAGGCAGCAGUACCUGCGGCAGGAGGUGAUGCGCAGGGCCCAGGCCGCGGUCGCCAGCACCGACAGGUCCCUUUCCCUCGUAUACGAGUCCGAGAGGGUCGGCGUCGCCUCUGCCGAGGAACUCGAUCGUCAGCGAGGCGUCUUAGAACGCACAGAGAGGAUGGUGGACAAGAUGGAUCAGGAUUUGAAGACCAGCCAGAAGCACAUUAACAGCAUUAAGAGCAUGUUUGGGGGAUUCGUCAAUUACUUCAAAUCAAAACCAGCAGAGACUCCACCCGAACAGAAUGGCCCCCUCACCUCCCAGGCCAAUAGUAGAUUGAAAGAAGCCGUAAGUACCAGUAAAGCACAGGAGGCCCAUUACCAGGCCAGCCACCCAAACCUCAGGAAGCUGAAUGACUCAGACGCCCUCCCUGGAGGAGCGGGUCCUGCCGUGAGCAGCGAGGCUUACCCGAAGAACACACACCUUCGAGCCUGUCACCAGAAGAUGGACAAUAAUCUAGAUGAGCUAUCCAUGGGACUAGGCCGGCUGAAGGACAUAGCCCUGGGAAUGCAGAUGGAAAUCGAGGAGCAAGAUGACAUUCUUGACCGCCUCACAACCAAAGUGGACAAGUUAGAUGUCAAUAUAAAAAGCACAGAAAGAAAAGUUAGGCAACUUUAAACACAGAGAAGGCUCUCUCCACUCCGUUGUGAUGAGAAGAGCCCAAAGAUCUUUCAAACUCCCCAAAA